UGAUCCACCUGUCUGUGGGUGUGUUUGUGAAGCAGGAAGUCCAUCAACCUACUCAGAGAGGAGGCCAACAAACUUUAAAUCAAACUGUUAGAACAAAAGACUCUGAGGUCUCUAUCUGCCCAUCUUUUUAUGUCAUGGGUCGAUUGGUUGGAUUGGGGUGGUUUGUUCUUCUGAUUGCCCUUAUAAAUGUAGAAGCCCAAAGGAAGGCCUCAAUAAAUAUCCGCUCACAAUGCCUGGGAAACAUCAUGCUUGUGGAAGCUGGUCCACUUGGGGGAAAUCUUCUUGAAGUUUCUGCUGUGAUAAAUAACACUGCCAUCCCUCUUACACCCAGUAUAGCCGCUCAGUGUGGCUUCAGUGUGACCAUAAACCAGCUGGGGCACGCCAUGAUUUACGCCUCCCUUCAGAACUGUUUUGCUGAGAACGUGAACGAUAAAGCUUUCACAACAACCAUAAACCUCCUUCUGCAUGGGAACCAAAUGGAUGAAGGCGAGCUGUACCAGGUGGCAGAAACCUGCUACUACACUACCUGGGCCUCUAGAGAAAUAAUCUGUGAACGCAACUAUAUGGAGGUGUCCGUGAAAAGAGCAUCUCAGGAGGAUUAUGUCCUGCCUGGACAUCCCGCCGAAGGGGACAAUCCAAAAUUUGGGGAUCCUCGACGACAAGCUGAGGAACGACCCAUUGAAUCCAGAAUCACAACGCUCGUCUUCUACACCCCUGAGGAGAGAAUAAUGAAAGUGGGCGAGGCACAGAGAAAUGGUUAUGGGGUGGCGAGCACUGCUACAAGGCUGCUACUGAGAAGUCCAACAACCUCACCUGAAACAUACACCCAGAGUGUCGCUGGAGUACCCAUGACAGUUUUCAAAACCUCCACGGUAUUUGAAAAGAAGUGGCUGGCGACCCAAAUCGACGCAGCAGCAGCUUGUCCAAUAUUAGACGGAGGUGUUUCCUUCACUCAAAACACAAUCACCUGGUUCCUGCCGAGGCACAUAGACCCUCUGAUUUCCUCGGGUCAGUUUCAGCUUUUAGAGGUCCACAUGGGUGUCGAUGGUCAGAGGCUGGAUGCUGCUGAGAUGGCUGCCAGAGGUUACUCCCUGACUGUCACUGAUGGACAUGUCAUUGUUGAAGUUCCCGUUGGAUCAGUUGGUGGCUACUAUAAGAGCCACGUUCAGGAUGAUCAAUACCUCGCGUCUUACACCAUUGAGCCGAUGAUCGAGAUGCUCUGGACCGAAGACUCCACUCAUGAGGACACUCGAUACAAAGUCCUCUUCCCCAUCACGACUCCAUUACUGUCUCAGCCUCUGCAAGUCAUCGACAACACCGUCCCUCAGGAGCAGGUAUUUAAAGUCCUGCUCGGGCCCUUCGGCACUGAUGUGGCUCUAAUGAACAUUACCUUCCCCUCGGAGGUUUUAUCCGUGGCUGACUUCAGUGUCAGAGGCUUUAACUUCCUGGAGCACAUGUCUCCAAACAGCAGCUCUAAGGUCUUCACUGUAGAGGUGCCUUUCACAGACCCAGUGGUACAACCAAUGAGAGAAAAGGGGAUGACGGUCCUCUCUCUUCACAUGACGUUGGGCCUGCUAGUCCUGCCAGAGUUUGCUCCAUUUUCUCACACUGCUUAUGUGGAGGCCAGAUUGGUAGACGUUGUUCCUCCCUCCAUCAGCGGUGUCUGUGACGAACACAGCUUCUAUGUCCUGGUGAACCAAGGGAGCAUGAGCUUUCAGACCAUAGUGGGAAAACAGAUUUUGACCCCUCAUCUUGCUCAGCAGUAUGGUGUAGUGGAGAACGGGACACACUUCAGUUUGACAGUGCCGUAUUCUGCUUCUGAUGUUGCAUCUGAGGCCGUUCAAGUGUCGACCAUCAGAAGCAGACUUGACAUCAUCCUUAGAAAUCCAGAAAACAACAAAAACAUCAAAGAAUUCUCCAUGGCAUGCAACUUCGUUUCAUCGCUGACAGAGUGUUUUCCCAAUGGAACCAUUACAGCGUGGGCCAUCAAACUGGAGUCAGUGCCCAGUCUGAACCCUUCUCAGCUCACGCUCAGAGACCCCGCCUGUGGCCCCGCUUACAGCGACGACAACUUCGCCUAUUUUGUCUUCACUGCAAACUCCUGCGGGACGACCAGGAAGUUUCUACCCAACAUGAUGCUGUAUGAGAAUGAAAUCUCUCUGCCAGAUGGGCUUCAAACAAAUCAGGAUCCAAACAGUGAAGAGCCUGAGUAUGAGUUAAAGGUGUCCUGUUACUAUAACAUCAACAAAACUCAUGCUGUGGCCUUCCACACCAGACCUCGCAGGAGUGAACCGUACGCUGAAAAUGCAAAAGGAGAGCUACAGGUGGAAAUGAGACUUGCUUUGGAUGAUUCGUACACCGAGUUUUACAACGUGGAGGAUUAUCCAGUAGCAAAGUACCUACAGCAGCCGCUCUAUUUUGAAGUUGAGCUGAUGAGGUCGACAAAUCCUCGGGUGUCUCUGGAGCUGGAGAACUGCUGGGCCACGCUGGAUGAUGACAGGACGUCCCAGCCAAGAUGGAACCUCAUCAUAAAUGGGUGUGGAAACCCAGUAGAUCCGCACCAGUUGAUCCUGCAUCCAGUUUGGCCCAAUGACAGAGUAAAGUAUCCUUCUAACUUCAAACGCUUUGAGGUCCAGAUGUUCGCCUUCGCUGAAGACGAUGAUAACCUGAGUCGCCAGGUGUUCGUCCACUGUGACGUCGUGAUCUGUGAUCCCAGAAACCCUCUGGGUGGAGUUUGUAAUGGACCGUGUUCAAACCAGCAAAACCGAGCCAGAGGUCAAAGACAUGCAGUUUCUGAUGUGGACAGUUUCAAGCAUGUGUCAUCAGGACCCAUAAUUCUAAGUUGACAUGCUCUAAUAAAAGAUUUUUAACAAA